GAAAUAAAGUUAGAGCAUAGAAAUACCGCUGCCACGGCGCGUUGCGAACUGGCACACGAACACACUCCUCCUUUAGAGACGCACAACAGAUUCUACACCCACGUAAACCACGUGCCAUACACUUUUGCCUUGUUCCCCUCUCACUGACGCGACCGUUUUUCUUGACUUUGUUUUUCUCUCUUUCACCUCAGCUUGCUCAGCAGCCGUCGUUGUCAAAUUGACGAAGGUUUCCGUCACUCUCUCUUUCUGUAUUGUUAGAAGAUUCGCGUACAACGUUGAUAUCGGCCCUGCAGCUGCGUCGUCACCGUUGCGUCCAUCGGUGUUUGCAGCGCGUCGUCUUCUCUAGCAGCCAACGCCCUUUCCUCCAGGAUAAGAGGAAGAAUUGCGCCGCGGAAAAAUCUGGCUUUGUUCACGUGCCGCUCUUUUGCUGGACAGCUCCUUUCGCGUCUUAGCGGCACAGAAACACGGGGCUCCUUCCAGCACAUACGCUUUCUCACUCUCUGCUCUCUCUUCCUAGCGGCAUGGCCUCCACAACGAGGACGGAGAACGACAAUUUAGUGUCUGUGUUCGCGGGCGGCUUCGCUGGUGUGUGCUCGACGUGCGUCACGAACCCUCUUGAUACCAUUCGCGUCCGCCUCUCCUCGGGACGUGCGGCCACCGGCAAGACCCACAAGAGCUUAUGGAUCACUGCGAAGGAGCUUUUCAAUGAGGGCCUGCUGCACGCGUUUAGUCGCGGCCUGGGCGCCAACAUUAUGGCCUCCAUGCCGUCCAACGCGAUUUACCUGCCCACCUACCGCUUUCUGAAGAACGAGCUGACGGACAUGGGCGUCAAUGAACAGGCCCGUCCGCUGCUCUGCGCCUUCGGUGCGGUGACGGCCACCAACGUGGCGCUCUCCCCCUUAUUUCUGGUGCGAACCCGCGUGCAGGUGGACGACCGACUCACCAUUCGGCAGGUGUUCACCGACGUGAUGCGGCGGGACGGGGUCCGCGGGUUUUACCGCGGCACCGUGACGAACGUCGCCGGGCGAUUUGUGGAAGAAGGCUGCUUUUGGACGGUGUACGAGCUGCUGAAGCGGGUGACGCACGAGGGCAACUUUGGUGAUCGCGGCUUCUGGUGGACCUCCGCGGCGAUGGUCUCGCUGACGAUGAUCGCGAAGCUGGCCGCCGUCAGCAUCGCCUACCCGUACAACGUCGUCAUGAACCACCUACGCACGGUGAACAAGGCGACUGGCAGGCAUGACUACGUGCGGGUGCUGCCGACCAUGCGCCACAUCUAUCGUGCCGACGGCCUUCUUGGGUUCUACAAGGGACUCGCGCCGCAGAUACUGCGCAGUGUGGUGAGUAAGGCGACGCAGAUCUACUCCUUCGAGCUCUUCCUGUUUACCUACGCGGAGAUGUACCAUCGCAAGCCCCUUCCAGUCCCCGCGGCGGCGAUCAUCGAUGCUGCGGCAGAGCGUGAGUUGGAGACGGUUAAGUGA